AUGAAGUGGAGGCAGCUUUUCUGGAUCGUGUUCUGUGCUGUGGAGUUGUGUGGUAAUGCUUGUGGGAACUCAACAGACAACCCCACACUGACGGCCGCAGCAUCGCAAGGCACCAGCAGAGCAGCAGCCACCGGAGUCCCUGCAGCCACCAGCAGCGCUGAGCCCACACCACAGACAUCUGCUGCUGCCAGGUUGCCGACAGCCAGCCCCACAUCCCAGGGGCCCAGCAGUGAGCAGCCGAGCCCCCAGCCCAGCCAAGCCCAUGCACAGGCACUGGGCACCCCCUCAGACCCAAACCACACCAGCCAAGGAGUCCCCACAUCUGAGAGCUCAGCAACACAACCCAGCACGAUGGCAGAAACCCCAAGCUCUGUGCCGGCUCUGAUGAGCUCUUCUGCCACCAUCUUGGGGCAUCCUCCCGUCGAGACUGCCACCACGCCACUGCACACAGCCAGGGACAGCCUGAAGCCCAUCUCAUGCCACAAUGUCAAAGAAGUGAGUGACACUGGAGCCAUCUGCUUGCAGCUCAACGAGUCCAACACUUGCAAACACUUCCUAGAGAUGAAGGGAUCAGACUUGUGGAGUGCAAUAUGUGAGGAGAGUGCCCAUCGCGUCCCUUCCCCCUGCCAGAUCCAGCUCGCUCAGUCCGAGGUGGACCAUGACUGUAUGCUCCUCAUCCUCGUUGGCGAGAGAGAUCCUGCUACAGAUAUGCUCCAGGAGUCUCACUGGGAAAAGUUUGGAAUAAAAUCCCUCAAACGGGGGAGCGUGAGGAACCACCAGGACUUUUCUCAGAAGACCCUGAUUGCCUUGGUCACAUCUGGACUCAUGCUGGCCUUCCUUGGCUUGGCUGGAUACUUCCUGAUGAAGCGGCGGAGCUGGAGCCCUGCGGGAGAGAGGCUGGCUGAAGACCCGUAUUACACGGAAAAUGGUAGCCAGGGAAACACAAUGUUGAUGAUCCCUCCCCAAGAGCAACCGGAGCUGCAGGAGAAGCCAAACCUCAACGGUGGGACUCAGGAGAAUGGGACUGGCCAAGCAUCUUCCAAGAACGGCCACUCGGGCCGGCAGCAGAGCCCCGCUGACACCGAAAUGUGA